CCCCCGGGGCGCCGCCAUGGCCGUGCUCGCCGGAGGGGCCCGGCACCCCCCCGCAGUCCGUGGUGCACACGGGGCGGAGGAGGAGAUGACGGACCCCCCCGCGCCGCUCGCCGCCCGCUGCAGAUGAGAGCCCUUGCCCAGGUGCUUGCAGGACACCGGCAAUCGCUACACGCUGAGGCUGGCACAGAGACAUGAGCGGCAGCACGAGCCAGCGCGCCGCCGCCCUGGGGGUCCUGUUUGCCCUGAUCAUGUUGCUGAUCAUCUACAGCUCCGGCAGCGGGAGCGAGGUGUUCCCCUACAGCCGCCUGCGGGGCAGAGCCCGCCGGCCCCCCGACCUCAGGAAGUGGGGGGUGGAAAGCGGGUACCUGCCCGCCUGCGGUAACAAGACCCUGACUGCCCACUGCCACCAGUGCGUCAUCGUCACCAGCUCCAGCCACCUCCUGGGCACCCGCCUGGGCACGGCCAUUGACGGGGCCGAGUGCACCAUCCGCAUGAAUGAUGCUCCCACCACCGGCUAUGAGGUUGACGUGGGCAACAAGACCACUUUCCGCGUGGUGGCCCACUCCAGCCUCUACCGCGUCCUCAAGCGGCCCCAGGAGUUCGUGAACAAGACCCCGGAGACCAUAUUCAUCUUCUGGGGGCCACCUGCCAAGAUGCAGAAGAGCCUCCUGAAAAUCAUCCAACGCGUCAGCGCCUCCUUCCCCAACAUGACAGCCUAUAUCGUCUCCCCCGGCCGCAUGAAGCAGUUUGAUGACCUGUUUCGGGGGGAGACAGGGAAGGACAGGGAGAAGUCACGCUCAUGGCUCAGCACCGGCUGGUUCACCAUGGUGAUUGCGGUGGAGCUGUGUGAUGCUGUCCAUGUCUAUGGCAUGGUGCCACCCAACUACUGCGGCCACCGACCCCCACCCCGCCGCCUGCCCUAUCACUACUAUGAACCGAAGGGCCCUGACGAGUGCACAACGUACAUCCACAAUGAGCGGAGCCGCAAGGGUAACCACCAUCGCUUCAUCACCGAGAAGAGAGUCUUCGCCAGCUGGGCCAGUCUCUACAACAUCACCUUCUCUCACCCCACCUGGCCGUAGGGGCUGUAACCCCUGGAGCUGGGGUGGGUGGGGGGGGUCCCCUGUCUCCCUCUGGGAACAGUGGGAGCCCCGCAUCGUGGUGCCACCCAUGGGACCACUGCCCAUUGUGUACAGUGGCUCUUCACACCUAGCAUGUGUUGGGUUUUGAGCUGUUUUUUGGGGGUGCUGGGUGGUGUGCACAGGGUUUGGGGUCCUCUCCCAUGGGUGGGAGGUGUGAGGGUGAGAUCCUGCCCACUCCUGGCCCAGCUGCAUCGCAGCCCAUCACCCUGCAGGCACAUGGGAGGUGCUGCAGCCCCUCGGCUGGGUUUGGGGUUGCGUCACUUUUGGGGCUACUGCAGAGACUGUUUCCCUCAACCCCCUGGAUGUGGGGACCCCUUCUUGGGAUUCACCCCCCCUCUGCUAUCCCCAGCACCCCAAUCCCAUGGGCAUACUUCCCUCAGCAGAACCCCGCAGUUUUCGGUGGGACCCUGCAGAGGUGACACUGCCACUGUCAGUGCCCCAGCACCCCAAAAACACCCGGCCCCUCCCAGCAGCACUGUGUCCUGCACCCACACUGCCAAAACAUUUUCUAACGGAGCAAUGGGAUUUUUGGGGGCUUUUUGUCGCUUUUGUUUUUUUAUUUUCCUCCUCGCUUCUGGUCUCGGGGUUUGUAUUGGGGUUUGUUGGCCAAAGGAGCAAGCGGGGGCUGCUCAUUAGCAGUAACGAAGGCACCGGCAGCAGCCUGUGGCUGGAUUCUCAUAAUUUAUUAACUGCUUAUAAAUUAUUUAGAAGUGGGUGCAUAGUGGGGGGGCUGGCAGUGUCCCUCGGUACCCUGUCGUUGUGGGAAGGGAGGGCAGAAUUUUGUUAUUAAUUGCUCAGCAGUGGAGAAGUGGAUUUGGGGAAAACAACUAAAUAUAGUGUGUUUGGGUGUUGAGCCCCAGCAGGGGUUACUUGGGGGUGGCUCUGUGCCUCAGUUUCCCUCUAGCUGUGGCCCAUCCCCAUUGCAGCUGGGGCAUUGGGGGACUUGAUGCCAGGGGAGGCCGUGGGGGUUUUGUAAUGGUUUGUACAGGAAUAAAUAUUGCUGCAGUCUGUUGCCUUGGA